AUGAAAACUAUUUUUUCUCUCUUUUGCGCUGCUGCAGGUUCUUCAAGUUUAGACGAAAUCCAGCUGAAAUUUUCAUUCAAAAAUAAUCAUCUAAGCGGAGAUCUAGGAAUAAUCGAGUCUCCCGGAUACCCGGGAUAUUCUUCAAGUCAAAGAGAAUACUGGACAAUCGACAUCCGCCCUGACGAAUUUCUCCGAUUCACCUUCCUCGAUUUCGACAUUGAAAACGACGAUGGAUGCCAUUUUGAUUUCCUGACAAUUAACGACGAAAAAUUCUGCAACGAUCAACCGUCCGACGCGUUCUCCGAAACAACCACCACCGGGACAUCAACCACUACCGGCUGGUCAACGACAUCGAUGGCCAAUUCCUUCAACGAGGAAAAUGAUUACGUCAGCAGCUACGUCGGCCACGUGGAAUAUACUUUCAAAGACACAAGGCUUCAAUUCAGAUCUGAUGCGAUGUUCAACUACCGCGGGUUUCAACUAAAAUGGGAAAAACUUAGCUACUGCGGCUUCAAAUUGAGCAAUUUCGAGGGAAACCUGGAUGAUGGCGAAGCUGAAUUCUUCAAAGCAAGAAAACGAAUUGUCUGCUGA